UUUGAGGAAAAAAAGCCUGCUGAGCUAGCCAAGAUGGUUCAUCAGAUUGUGAUCAGAUGUUGUGGCUCUCCUUUAGCUGCAAGUGCACUGGGCUCUGUACUUCGUACCAAGACCAGCGUGAAAGAAUGGAAGGCUAUAGCAUCUAGAAGUAGCAUUUGCACCGAGGAAACUAGAAUCUUACCAAUACUCAAGCUUAGCUACAAUGACUUGUCAUCGUACAUCAAGCAGUGCUUUGCCUAUUGUGCUAUAUUUCCAAAGGAUUACAAGAUUGAUGUGGCAAAGCUGAUCCAACUAUGGAUCGCAAAUGGCUUUAUCCCAGAACACAAGGAAGAUAGUCUUGAAGCCAUUGGACAACUUAUUUUCAAUGAGCUUGCCUCAAGGUCAUUUUUUCUGGAUAUUGAGAAAAGUAAAGAUAUCAGGGGGUAUUAUUCCAGAUAUACAUGUAAAAUCCAUGAUCUUAUGCAUGAUAUUGCAAUGUCUGUUAUGGAAAAGGAAUGUGUUGUUGCAACUAUGGAACCAAGUAAAAUCGAGUGUCGUGCAGAUACUGCUCGGCAUUUGUUUUUGUCAUGUCCACAACAAGAAGGUAUUUUGAAUGACUUUAUGGAGAAAAGAUCCCCUGCUAUCCAAACCUUGGUAUGCGACAGUUAUGUGUGUUGCCCAUUGCAGCAUCUAUCAAAAUACAGAUCUUUGCACGCCUUGAAGCUCUGUAUCAGAGGGACAAAAUCAUAUCUUCUGAAACCAAAGUAUCUGCGUCACCUGAGGUACCUUGAUCUCUCAAACAGUGAUAUUAAAUCACUUCCUGAAGAUAUAAGUAUUCUAUAUAACCUGCAAGUGUUGGACCUUUCCAACUGUGAUGAUCUUGUUCGACUUCCAAUGCAAAUGAAGUAUAUGACCUCCCUCCGUCACCUCUACACUCAUGGAUGUCGAAAGUUGAACAGCAUGCCACCAGAACUAGGAAAACGCACUGAGUUGCUGACACUUACAUGUUUUGUAGCAGCAAUUACUGGACCUGAUUGCUGUGAUGUUGUAGAGUUGCAGCAUUUAAACCUUGGUGGUCAGCUAGAGCUACGCCAGGUAGAGAAUGUUGAAAAAGCAGAGCUAAAAGUGGCAAACCUCGGAAACAAGAAGGGUCUCAAAGAACUGACAUUAAGAUGGAAUUCUGUUUGUGACACCGAGGUGCUCAACAAUUUCGAACCACAUGAUGGGUUGUAGGUUCUGAAGAUAUAUUCCUAUGGAGGAAAGUUCCUGGGUAUGUUGCAAAACAUGAUUGAAAUUCUUCUUGUUCAUUGCGAAAGAUUGCAAAUUUUGUUCAGAUGUGGUACAUCGUUCACUUCUUCAAAACUGAAGGUGCUUGCGCUCGAACAUCUCUUAGGUUUUGAGAGAUGGUGGGAUAUAAAUGAGAGGCAAGAUGAACAUAUAAUAUUUCUUGUGCUUGAGAAGUUGUUUAUUAGUAAUUGUGGA